AUGAGCCGAGUCAGGCAGGUCAUACCUUUCCCCGCAGACACACUGGGGGGUGACAUCGCCUCACCUACAGUGCUGCAGGUAAGCCGACUGGCGGCCCACCUCACCCAGUGGCACGCUUGCGCCCCCUCUCCGUGGGUGGUGAAAACUGUUGCCACAGAUUACCAGUUACAGUUCUGGACCAGGCCGCCUCGCUUCCGCGGUAUAAUAAGCUCUACUGUAAGAAGCGAAGCAGCGACAAUACUAAGGGAGGAAAUAGACUCGCUGCUGCAGAAGAAAGCAAUACGAGUGGUCCCCACUUCGGAGACGGACAGAGGUUGGUACAGCCGCUAUUUUGUCGUUCCAAAGAAAGGGGGAGGGCUCCGUCCUAUUCCCGGCCGAGCACGUCUGUCAGAGCACAGAGUAGCCACGUUUCACCACUGCCUCACUCAGUUUCAGUUGGGACACAGACUGCGUUUCCAAACAAUCUUACGGUUGUUGGGCAUGAUGGCAUCUAUGAUUGCCGUAGUGCCACUCGGGCUGUUGCUGAUGAGAGCUUUCCAGCGACGGACUCUCUCUCACCGUCUGUGUGCGUCGUGCCACCUGUGGAGGAGACUGCCGAUAACCGCAUCUUGCAUGUUAAUCCGCCCUUGGAAGGAGCCCGGUCUGCUGCAUCAAGGCUCUUUUUGCAAGGUGGUGUCCACAGAUGCCUCCCUGAGGGGGUGGGGGGCUCUGUGCGACAGCGCAUCGGUGAGAGGAGUCUGGACUGCACUGCAGCGCGAGCUGCACAUCAAUCACUUAGAGCUGCUAGCCGCUUUUCUAGCGCUCAAGCAUUUUUGUCCAGUUCUAAUGGGCCAGCAUGUUUUGGUCCGGACAGACAAUUCAACGGUGGUUUCUUACAUAAACAGGCAGGGAGGGACACGUUUCCUUCCCCUGUUAAAGCUGUCUCACUCUCUGCUGUUAUGGUGCAGUGUUUGUUUUCUGUUGCUGAGAGCCACUCACAUUCUGGGCUGUCUGAACCUAGGACCGGACCUUCUCUCCAGCGGAGGUCCCCUGGUGAGAGAAUGGAGGUUGCACCCCUUGGAUGUGGCCCAGAUUUGGGACAUAUUUGGCAGGGCAGAGGUGGACCUGUUCGCUUCAAGAGCGAAUGCUCACUGCCCCCUGUUCUUCUCCAUAACCGACCACGAUGCACCUCUGGGGACGGAUGCAUUGGCUCACCCAUGUCCAGACAUGCUCCUGUGUGCUUUUUGCCUGGUGGAAAUGAUACAACCUGUUUUAGAGAGAGUGCGUCGUCAGCACCUCUCUCUGAUUCUGGUGGCCCCCUGGUGGCCAGCGAAGCCAUGGUAUGCAGAAAUAAUCAGCCUGUUGGCAGCAAGGCCCUGGCAGCUUCCUCUCCGCAGGGACCUCCACUCUCAGGCAGGAGGGGAAGUGAUUCACCCACGCCCAGAACUGUGGCGGCUGCAUGCUUACCUGUUGCGAGGUCAAAUUUGA